AUGUUUGGCGACCAGGACUUUGCGUACCUGCAGUUGAAAGGAGACCAUAUGAGCCGGCCCCUGUGGAUCGACCCCGUCGAUGGCCAUAUUAUACUCGAGGGCUUUAGUCCAAUCGCAGAGCAGGCACAGGACUUCUUGGUUGCUAUCAGCGAGCCGGUAUCGAGACCAUCAUUCAUCCAUGAAUACAAGUUAACCGCCUACUCCCUCUACGCCGCUGUUUCCGUCGGCCUGGAAACUGAGGACAUCAUCGAAGUCCUAAAUCGCCUCUCUAAGGUGCCCAUUCCCGACAACGUUCUCCAGUAUAUCCGGAGCUGCACCAUGUCGUACGGCAAAGUGAAGCUCGUGCUCAAGCACAAUAAAUAUUUUGUAGAAUCAACCCAUCCGGAGAUCCUGCAGACGUUACUGCGGGACCAGGAGAUCAGAAGUGCAAGGGUCGUACCUGGCGCGGGAGGCACGUACGAAGCAGCGAACGCGCUCGACAAUGGAAAGAAGAAGAUGGUGCAUGGCGCUGAGAACAAUUCGGGUAAGGGGAGCAAAGCAGGCACCCCUGCUCCCGGUAGCGGAACAGUGACCCCGGGCAGCAAACCUGGGCAGACUGAUGCAGACUUGUUCUCUGCGGUUGUGGGCGUGGAUCAGGAUGAGAUUGAGGAGGAUGACGAGAACACAGUCAGUUUCCAGAUUAUGGAUGACAAGAUUGAUGAUGUGAAGAAGCGCUGUCAUGAUCUCGAUUUUCCCGUGCUCGAAGAGUACGAUUUCCGAAAUGACACGGUGAACGCAAACUUAGACAUCGACCUUAAGCCCAUCACCGUCAUUCGGCCAUACCAAGAAAAGUCGCUUUCCAAGAUGUUCGGUAAUGGCCGUGCACGGAGCGGGAUCAUCGUACUCCCUUGUGGGGCUGGCAAGACGCUCGUAGGCAUCACAGCCGCGUGCACGAUCAAGAAGAGCACCUUGGUUCUGUGCACAUCUACAGUGUCGGUCAUGCAAUGGAAACAGCAGUUCAUGCAGUGGUCAAAUAUCACCGAUAGGCAAAUCAGCGUUUUCACCGCUGAGCAGAAAGAGAAGUUCUCCGGCGCGGCAGGCAUUGUCGUCUCGACCUAUUCGAUGGUCGCCAACACCCGCAACAGGUCAUACGAGUCCCAGAAGAUGAUGGAUUUCCUCACCUCCCGCGAAUGGGGAUUCAUCCUUCUGGACGAGGUGCAUGUCGUUCCUGCCCAGAUGUUCCGCCGGGUUGUUACGACCAUCAAAGCGCAUGCCAAGUUGGGUCUUACUGCCACUCUCGUACGCGAGGACAACAAGAUCGACGAUCUGAAUUACAUGAUCGGGCCUAAGCUGUACGAGGCCAACUGGAUGGAUCUUGCCGCCAAGGGACAUAUCGCCAAUGUACAAUGUGCGGAGGUGUGGUGUCCUAUGCCGCCGGAGUUCUAUCGCGAGUAUCUGAGGGAGAAACCCAGACGAAGGAUGUUGCUGUAUUGUAUGAACCCGAACAAGUUCCAAGCGUGUCAGUUCUUGAUCGACUACCAUGAGCGGAGGGGAGACAAGAUUAUCGUCUUCUCAGACAACGUGUUUGCGCUAGAGGCGUACGCUAAGAAACUCAGCAAACCCUUCAUCCACGGUGCGACCGCCCAAGUGGAGCGUAUGCGAGUUCUCCAAAACUUCCAGCACAAUCCAGUAGUGAAUACCAUCUUCCUAUCCAAAGUCGGAGACACGUCAAUCGACCUACCCGAAGCUACCUGUCUGAUCCAGAUCUCUUCCCACUUCGGUUCCCGACGACAGGAAGCACAACGGCUCGGGCGCAUCUUGCGUGCCAAACGCAGAAACGACGAGGGUUUCAACGCUUUCUUCUACUCGCUCGUCUCGAAGGACACGCAAGAGAUGUACUACUCCACCAAGCGCCAACAGUUCCUCAUCGACCAGGGCUAUGCGUUCAAGGUGAUCACCCAGCUCGAAGGCCUGCACACGAUGCCAAACCUGGUGUACAAGACCCCAAGCGAGCAAAUUGAGCUCCUGCAGAGCGUGUUGAUCGCGAACGAGUCGGCUCUCGACUUUUCGGGUUCAGACCUCAUGAACCUACAGGGAGAUCAAGCGCAAAAAGCACGCAAUCGUGCGCAGAAGUAUGAAGCAAAGCGUGCGGUUGGCAGCUUAUCUGCCCUUUCAGGUGCACAGCAUAUGAGCUAUAUCGAACGAAAUAAGACUGCGAACAGACAGCUGGCGAGGGAAGCAAACGCAAAUCGUCAUAAACUGUUCAAGAAGCGUGACGUGCAGAAAAAGCAGGGUGCUAAUGGGGCAUAA